AUGGCUGGACAGUCUGAUUUUGAAAUUGUAAGGGAUCACAUCUAUUUUACCCCUUCCGGCCCAGAGAGCUGGCACACCAAGCCAGAAUUCCCCUCAGCCGAAGAAAUCCUGGCACGAGAAUCUGGCCGGGAGAGCUUGCCCGAAAACCAUGUCGACACACCGUGGCCCUCGAAAGAGGAUUAUCUGAAGGCUCAGUAUGAGAUUCUGCGGCAUGAGGCCGUUGAGGGCCUACGCUACUCCGUGGCCACGUACGCAGCUCAAUGUCGCCGGAGCCGUCGCGGCGUGAUGGAAGACAAUGAUACCUGUAUUUAUACCAGGAUCCCAUGGCUACAGUCCAAACGUCUGCUCCCAGGCACUGUUGUUGCACUUUCACCGAGCACCGACAAUUUUCAGACCAUCUGCAAAAUUGCAACGGUUGCUCAACGUCGGUACAAGGAUGCCCUAGAUCAGGACCCCCCUCUCGUGGACUUGCUUUGGGUCAACCCUCAAGAUGCAGUCCUCGAUCCUGACCUUGAAAUGGUCAUGAUCGAGUCCAGGAAUGGCUAUUAUGAAGCUGCCCGUCAUUCAUUGGUCGGUCUGCAACACGCUGCUCGUUGUGACUCCCCCCUCGACAAGUACCUCAUCGGCGCCUGCAAGAAUGACGGUUUCCCGGAGUUCAUGGCAGGAAACACCUUCAUGGAUUUGUCCUCACUUGUGCACCGACCACCCGAAGAAGAGUCUACUAUCAUUGACGACUUGAGGACUUACGACAUCUCUCGGGGCCAGCCCAAUCUAGGGGACAUAACUUCGCUGGACGAGUCCCAGUUGAGGGGUCUCUUCCACAUUAUUUCAAAGGAGCUUGCGAUUGUCCAAGGCCCACCUGGUACUGGCAAGACGUUCACCUCAGUCGAAGCCAUCAAGGUUUUGGUUGCAAAUCGUCGUCGUACUCGGGCCUCGCCCAUCAUAGUAGCCGCUCAAACCAAUCAUGCACUGGAUCAAAUUCUCAUUCAUUGUAUAGCUGCAGGGACAAAAGUCCUUCGUGUUGGCUCAAGAACACAAAACGAGCUCGUCAAGGAACGCACUAUUUGGGAGCUUCGCCAAAAGACCGAUAUCCAAGCAGAGCAGAAAGUCAGAUCUAUCGAUAGAGAGCUCCACGCGAACGAAGCCAGGAUUCGAGCUCUCGUGCAUAAACUCUUUGGGGAGGGGCUCCUUAACCCUGAUGACCUGGUGGAAGCCGGCAUCAUCAGCCAAGAACAGAAAGACUCUCUGCAGGAUGAUUCUUACGAGACAGAGGCAACCCUAGAUGAGCGUGGCCCCUUCGCCCUUUGGCUCGGAGAUAGUCUCAUCCCAGCCGAGGCCAUUAGGGAUAGUCAUAUAACUCAAAAGGAGUUCGAUGAAACGGAUGAGAGGGCUCGCAAAGAGCUUCUCGGAUUUGAAUGCGAAGAGGAAGACUUGGAGAAUAUCGGAGAUGCGGAUGAUGAAGAGUGGCAGCUCCGUGGUACGUGGAUUCCCAUCCAGCAUGUCUGGUCGGCCAGGGCGCCAGACAACCUGGGUUCCACAAGACGUGCCGUUGAGAAAGCCCUCAGAGACAACCAAAAUCUCUAUGAGAUCAAGCCGAAACUUCGAGGCGCGGUCUACCGCUACUUCCAAGCCAAGCUUCUCGAGUCCAAAACACCCGAGUUUUCCAGACUUUUGGCAGAGAGAGAUGCCCUGUGCAAGGAGCGCAAGCAGUGGAAAUUCCUCGGCAACGUGGAGCUAGUCCGCAAUGGAAAGUUCGAUAUCAUCGGUUGCACUACAACAGGUCUAACGAAGUACCGAGGUUUUCUGGCAGCCACCAAGCCAACCAUUAUGCUGAUUGAGGAGGCUGCUGAGACUCGAGAAGCAAACAUCGUAUCAGCUCUCUACCCAUCGAUCCAGCAAUUGAUCCUGGUGGGUGACCAUAAGCAGCUCGCGCCCAAGUGCGACAUUAUAUACCUCUCAGAGUGGCCUUAUAAUAUCAAUGUUUCUCUCUUCCAGCGCAUGGUUGAUCUCAAUAUGCACUUUGAAAUGCUCAACCAGCAGCGCAGAAUGAAGCCGGAACUCCGAUGUAUCGUCAACCCCUUCUAUGAGACUCUCCGCGAUCACCCCUCCGUCCUGUCGCCCAAGAAUCGACCUGAUGUUCCUGGCAUGGGUGGCCGCAAUUGUUGGUGGUUUACUCAUAACUGGCCCGAAGAUACCAAUCCGGAUUUCAGCAAGUUCAACAACUGGGAAGCCGAGAUGAUUGCUAAGUUCUUCGCAUAUCUCGUCUACAACGGAACCAGUCCUGAGAAGAUUACCAUUCUCAGUUUCUACAAGGGCCAGCGGAAAACGCUGGUGAAACAGCUGCGCAAUCACCCAGGUCUGGCUGGCAUCCCGAAGUUCAAUGUCUGCACUGUCGAUGCUUAUCAGGGUGAGGAAAACGAUAUCAUUCUUCUUUCGAUUGUUCGAAGCCCUAGGGACAAUCGUUACUGCAUGGGUUUCGUGGAGGAUGCCCACCGCGCUGUCGUCUCCAUAAGUCGUGCCCGUCGUGGGUUUUACAUCUUUGGCAACAUUGAAAAUGCUCUUCAUGCAAGCACCGGGUCCAGAGAGCUUUGGGGCAAGAUUUACGAGGGUUUUCUUGACCAAGGGUGUGCUGAUACCGGGCGUGGAAUUCCCCUCGUGUGUGAGAAACAUCGGCGCGAGAUCUGGAUAAAGGAUAUUGAUGAUUGGGUGGGUAAUGCUGGAGGAGAACGCCAGGCUGCUCGGAGAUCCUGUCUGCCAGCUACCGGAGUUAACCCUCCUCCUGGCAUCAAGCCUGCGCCCACCAACACAGCCGUGCUUCCCACAGUUAACUGGCCUUCUUCCCGGGGUAACGAAGCAAACAAUCAGCUCAACUCGUAUCGUGACACCACCAGUUUGAUUGCUACCCGAGCAGCUUCAACAGCCUCUAGGAGGGUGAGCUUUCAGACCAAUAUGGAAAGCGACAACAAAAACGAGACUGUAGCCCCAACGAUUGCCAGACAACCAGUUGAUGGAUCUCUCUUUUUCAAUGUCUCCCAGCGCACAACUGUGCAGGAUGGGCAGAGAGUGAACCACGGCCACAGGUUUGCCGGGAGUGUUCAGAGGGGCAGUAACCAGAGGACCACCACGCGAGAUGAUAUGGCAUGGAGCAGUGUCGCAAGCUCAACUUCUUCUCCGAUUCACGCCGGUGACUUCCCUCCUCUUGCAUCUUCGGCUCCUCAAGGCACAAAUAAGAAGGGGUCUGCGUCGAGCAAGAGGUCGAAGACAUCCAAACGCAGCAAUGGUCAGGGCAACACUAACCAACAACAAUCUGCUACGCCCACCACUGCCACUUCGUCGCUUCUCGAUGAGCCUCUUAUCCCAUUAAGUGGCUCAUCUUCGAAUGGAUCGGUCCCUGCUGGACUUCGCGGCAUGUCACAACUCUCUCUGGAGCCCCUGAUUCCGUCUUCGAGGGGGAUUACCGGUGAUGGCAAUACCAAUACCAAUCUGUCGAGCACCACACAAUGGAAGCAGCCUGAUGAAGAGGAGUGGCUGAUUGACCUUUGA